AUGCUAGGGGAGUCUAAAACUUCUUCUAAUGAAACAAGGCCCUGUGACACAGCGAAUUCAGAGCUUUCUUCAGAAAUUGUAGCAAAUAAAAAGUUUUUAGCGAACUCUAAACUUAUAUUAAACCAUUCUCUGAAUAUUUCCAAAGCAGCAUCUUUAACCACUUUAAAAAAUACUCAAUCGGCUAGCAUCCAUCAAAAUUUACCUGCAAGUAAAGCAACUGAACAUAAAGAAAGAUGGAAGCUUAGUGAUUUUGAAAUAGGAAGGACGCUCGGAAAAGGGAAGUUUGGUAAUGUUUAUCUUGCUCGAGAAAAAGAUAGAGGAUACCUCAUUGCUUUAAAGAUAAUUUUUAAAUCUCAACUUGAAAGUGAUUGUGUUCGUUACCAAGUUAAACGCGAAAUUGAAAUACAAGCCCAUUUGUGUCAUCCGAAUAUUAUACGGCUUUACGGCUAUUUUCACGAUAAAGACCGCAUUUAUUUAAUACUGGAGUACGCAAAAGGAGGAAAUUUAUAUGACCGACUUACAAAGUUGGGGAAGUUUGAAGAAAGUCACGCCGCUCAGUAUAUCAAGCAAAUCGCCUCAGCAUUGGACUAUUGCCACGUGCGGUCCGUGAUUCAUCGAGACUUGAAGCCGGAAAAUCUACUUUUAGAUGACAACGGAGUUGUGAAAAUAUCAGAUUUUGGCUGGUCUGUUCAUGCUUUUGGAAAUCGAAGGAAAACCCUUUGUGGUACUUUAGAUUAUUUAAGCCCAGAAAUGGUCGAAGGGAAAGAAUAUGAUUAUAAAGUGGAUGUGUGGUCGUUGGGAAUUUUGUGUUAUGAAUUUCUUACCGGAAUCCCCCCGUUCAUAGCAAAAGAUCCCGAAAGUACGUGUAAAAGAAUAGCUUCCGCUGAUGUAAUUUAUCCGCCUGAACUUUCUUCUUUAGCUGUUAACUUUAUGAGAAAAUUGCUCCGUUUGGAACCUCAACAUCGAAUCACAGUUUCUGAACACCAUGUGGGUGAUAGAACCACGUGGAAUGUUAAUUUUAUCACGUGCCCACUACAUAUUCCUAUGACAAGGAGGCCUUUAAAGGAGGUUGAAGAGUUGUUUAGAGGAUUUCAGCAGGUGAGUAUGAGUAAGAACCCGGAAAAUCUUGGACGGUUCAAUAGUGGCAGGCCCAAGUCGUGCCAGCGGUAA